AUGCCGCCAUUAAACUCGUACCGUCCGACCGAGCCGCCCGAUUCCCCUGUAAACGACUCGGAUUCAGAUGUCGACCUGGAUCUGCAAGAAUUGGAUCCUACCACCUCGUCGCAUGCCUCCCGACUCCUUAGACGCAACGAUAGUCCCGAACAGCGAGCGCCACGGAUUGCGUUGAGAAAUAUUCGUAUGGGCGGUCUAAGACGGGUGGGGAAUCGAAGUCGCGGCUAUGGCGAGCUUGGCCGCAGUAGGGAUGGGAAUGGUGACGCUGCAGACUUGCUAGAGGAUGAUAUGCAUGGGCAGCGUUACUCGGAUGGAAGUCACCAUGCCGGCGAUGAAGCUCCCCUUUUAGACGAAUAUGCGCCUCGCCCCCAGAGACGGUCGUUCGCCAGUGAUAGACUCCAUGGUCUGGCUCAUAUCGGCUCUUCUUUAAGGCUACCUAGUUUUAUGUCAAGCACAGGCUCAAAUCGGCAAGAUGACGACACGGCCAAUGAUAAUAGGGAAGACGACCCUUCGACGUCGAGGAUCGUUGCCGUUGGUUCUCUUCAAUCUAUACGUUACCCGCCAAACCUCGUCUCGAAUGCGAAAUACACAGCGCUCACAUUUCUUCCUAUUACUCUCUAUAAUGAAUUUUCUUUCUUCUUCAACAUGUAUUUUCUACUAGUGGCCUUAUCGCAAGCCAUUCCAGCCCUGAGGAUAGGCUAUUUAUCCACGUAUGUUGCGCCGCUUGCGUUCGUUCUUGUUAUCACAAUGGGAAAGGAAGCAUAUGAUGAUAUAGAGCGGCGUCGGAGAGACAAUGAAGCAAACUCCGAGGAGUAUGUUAUCCUACAGUUUAGAGAGCCAGACCAUCAAAACUCAGCCUCCCGCCAUCCCAGAAAAUUUAAACCAACAUCCUCACAGAAAGCAGAUCGCCAGCCACUAACCCAAAGGGACCGGUUGUCAGAUAUCCAGGAAGAAGAAGAACAAGCGGAAGGCCAAGGUCUAGGUUACCCAUCGUCCUCUGUACAAGAAGUUAAUAGGAAAUCCCGAGAUCUUAAGGUUGGCGAUGUUCUCAAGCUUAGCAAAGGCCAGCGCGUUCCUGCUGAUGUUGUUAUCUUGAAAUGCUCGACACCGGAGAGUCCACAAGCCCAAAUCCGGGAUAGUGAAGACGUAGAGUCAGAGUCGUUACUGGUUAACCCUUUUGACACAGAUGCCGACCAAAAUAAUUCUUCUCCUGGAAAAGGGAAGAAUCCCGAGGUUGUCAGUUCGGAUGCCUCUGAAGGUACAUCCUCUGGAGAGACAUUCAUCAGGACAGACCAGCUUGACGGUGAAACGGACUGGAAACUUCGUCUUGCGUCCGUCUUAACUCAAACCUUACCUGUCGAAGAGUUUGUCCGCAUCAAGGUAAUCGGUGGGAAGCCGGAUAAAAGGGUCAACGAAUUUGUUGGUAAGGUCGAGCUAAUGGCGACAAAACACGACGUCCUGAAUAACCAAUCCGAUGAAAGUAGUAUAAGUGAUAGGGGCAAUUCUGCUCCCCUAUCAAUUGAUAAUACUGCCUGGGCAAACACUAUAAUCGCCUCACAAGCAACUACUAUAGCUGUCAUCGUCUAUACCGGACCGCAGACACGAUCGGCGCUUUCCACCUCGUUAUCACGGUCCAAGACGGGACUACUAGAAUACGAGAUCAACUCUUUGACUAAAAUACUAUGCGCGCUCACGCUGGCACUAUCCGUUAUUCUCGUAGCCUUAGAAGGAUUCAGUAAUACCGAAGGCAAUAUCUGGUACGUGAAGAUCAUGCGAUUUCUCGUAUUAUUCUCGACUAUUGUCCCGAUCAGUCUUAGGGUCAACCUUGACAUGGGAAAGAGUGUUUAUUCGUGGUUCAUUCAACGAGAUCCUGGUAUCCCGGGCGCGGUAGUCCGGACCAGUACGAUCCCGGAGGAUCUAGGGCGCAUCGAAUACUUACUCAGUGAUAAGACGGGAACUUUGACUCAAAAUGAGAUGGAAAUGAAAAAAAUACAUGUGGGUACUGUGUCCUAUGCCAACGAGGCAAUGGACGAAGUGGCGGCGUAUGUAAGACACGGCUUCAUCGGAAUGCCGAAUGAUACCGCGCUCGUCACACCUUCGUCUUCUUACAAUACGACGGCAGGGGUCACUGCCACCAGAACACGGCGGGAGAUCGGAUCCAGGGUCCGGGAUGUUGUUCUAGCUUUAGCUCUUUGUCACAAUGUGACUCCUACCGCUGAGGAGGAAAAUGGGCAAACAGUCACUUCAUACCAAGCUUCUUCCCCAGAUGAAAUAGCUAUUGUACGAUGGACCGAAUCUGUCGGUCUCCGCCUUGCACACAGAGACCGCAAGAAGAUGGUCCUUGAAUCAACAGAGACGGGAAAGAUUGUCGUGCAGGUUCAGAUUCUGGACAUAUUUCCCUUUACUUCCGACGGUAAGCGUAUGGGUAUAAUUGUUCGAUUUCACGAGCAGUCGAAGCCUUUUCCCUCGAGCUCAGAUAAUGGAGAGAUAUGGUUCUACCAGAAAGGUGCUGACACGGUGAUGGGGUCUAUUGUGGCUGCGAAUGACUGGCUAGAUGAGGAGACUGCGAAUAUGGCCCGGGAAGGCCUAAGGACUUUGGUGGUUGGACGAAAAAGGAUAUCCUACGAACAGUACCAAGACUUCUCGACUAGCUACCAGGAAGCUUCUUUGGCGAUCAGCGGCCGUAAUGCUGGAAUGCAACGUGUGAUCUCGGAAUUCCUUGAGCGUGAUCUUGAACUCUUGGGCGUCACCGGUGUUGAGGACAAGCUUCAGAGGGACGUAAAACCGUCUCUGGAGCUACUUCGAAAUGCCGGUAUCAAAAUAUGGAUGUUAACAGGCGACAAAGUUGAAACGGCAAGAUGCGUUGCUGUCAGUUCUAAACUUGUUGCGCGCGGACAAUAUAUAUAUACGGUUGCCAAACUCAAGCAUAAGGAUAAUGCACAAGACCAUCUCGACUUCCUUAGAAGCAAGACUGACGCCUGCUUACUAAUUGACGGUGAAAGCUUGAUGCUUUAUCUGACGCAUUUCAGAGUCGAUUUUAUUUCAGUGGCUGUGCGACUACCAACAGUCGUUGCUUGCAGGUGCUCGCCCACGCAGAAGGCCGACAUUGCGAAACUGAUCAAGGAGUUCACUAAGAAGCGAGUUUGUUGCAUUGGUGAUGGCGGGAAUGAUGUCUCCAUGAUCCAAGCCGCAGAUGUGGGAGUUGGUAUCGUCGGCAAGGAGGGACGACAGGCCAGUCUCGCAGCAGACUUCUCCAUAGAGCAAUUCUGCCACCUCACCAAAUUGUUAGUGUGGCACGGUCGAAACAGCUACAAGCGAAGCGCCAAGCUCGCCCAAUUCGUCAUUCAUCGUGGACUUAUCAUUGCUGUCUGUCAGACCAUGUAUAGUAUUGCCAUUAAAUUUGAACCAGAGGGCUUGUACACGGAUUGGCUUCUCGUGGGAUAUGCCACCGUUUAUACAGCAGCACCGGUACUCUCUCUCGUUCUAGAUAAGGACGUAGAUGAGAAUCUGGCGAACCUCUACCCCGAGCUCUACAAAGAACUGACAUCUGGCCGUUCCUUAUCUUACCGUACAUUUUUCGUCUGGGUCUUCGUGUCAAUAUAUCAAGGCGGCAUGAUCCAGGGCCUAUCCCAAAUACUUACCGAAGUCGAUGGUCCGAGAAUGGUAGCUGUUAGUUACACGGUCCUCAUCCUAAACGAGCUCCUAAUGGUGACAAUUGAGAUCACGACCUGGCACCCGGUCAUGAUCAUGUGUAUUGUUGGAACUUUCCUUUUCUACGUCGGAUCGAUGCCGUUCCUAGGCGGAUACUUUGAUCUUGACUUUCUUCUUAGCUGGGGCUUUCUCUGGCGUGUAUUGGCCAUCGGUUCGAUCUCUCUAAUACCGCCGUACGCCGGGAAGUUGAUUAGGAGAACCAUGAAGCCGCCCUCGUAUAGGAAGGUCCAGGGCAUAUGA